UGGUGGGGGCAAAGGGGCACUGUGGGAUCAGCCAGGGGGGCAGCAGGUGACAGGGACACGGGGCUGAGCUCAGCGCCAGCGGCGUCACACGCUCCCAACCUGCCCCAAAAACGCCCAAUUUGGGGAAAGAACAAGGCAGAAUUCGGGGCUGGCGGGGGUCCAAGGCAGAGCAAACCCAGGACUGUGUGUCCCUGGGGAUGCCUGGCCCCCCCAGCUGCCCUCCUGUCCCCAGGUGGGCGCGUGCUCGAGGUGGGCUUUGGCAUGGCCAUCGCCGCCUCCAAGGUGCAGGAGUUCGACAUCCAGGAGCACUGGAUCAUCGAGUGCAACGAGGGCGUGUUCCGGCGCCUGGAGCAGUGGGCCAAGGCACAGCCACACAAGGUGGUGCCCCUGAAGGGGCUGUGGGAGGACGUGGUGCCGACGCUGCCGGAUGGGCACUUCAGUGGGAUCCUGUACGACACGUACCCGCUGUCAGAGGACACGUGGCACACGCACCAGUUCAACUUCAUCAAGGGUCACGCCUUCCGCCUGCUGCGGCCCGGGGGGGUCCUCACCUACUGCAACCUGACCUCGUGGGGGGAGCUGCUGAAGAGCAGGUACAGCGACAUCGAGAGGAUGUUUGAGGUGAGGCUGUCCCCGUGUCCCGCCGUAAGGGAUAAAGUCCAUUAA